AUAACCUAAAACCUUACAAAACCGAAUUAAAAAAUGAUUUCAGUUUUCAGAAUUGACAAAAUUUCGGAUUACUUACGAUUGUGUCUAAUUUGCGAUGUCUUCUGAAACUCCAGUUGAAGGAAAACUCCAUUCCGUAACUAUUAAAUUUGAUGCUGGAACUGCCCAUCACGCUAGAGCUAUCCAUCAUGCUCUUAGAGUAGAAAGAGAGCCAGGUAGUUCUACUAAUAGAAUUUGUGAUAUUGCAGAUAAAUUUGUAAAUGUGACACUCGAAUCGGCAGACCUUAAUACCUUGCGUUCAAGUUCUAACAGUUUAUUAGAUAUACUCAAAGUUCUAUCUGAAGUAAUACAAAAAUUUGACCUUAAAUCUCCAUCAGCUGACUAUGAUCACUUCUGAAACUCCUCGUCAAAAUACACCAUCUCCAACCGAAAGUCGAGCCAAUUAUGGGUUUGCCUUAUAUUUGGCUUCUAAGACCGCAUUUGUUGUUUAUUUAGCAUGGGCAUUUAUACCAAGUCAUUGGUUGGAAUGUAUUGGUCUAACAUACCUACCACAAAAGUACUGGGCAAUUACCAUACCUGUGUGGGUAUGUUGUUUCAUUGUGGCCAUUACUCUUUUAUACCCAGCUGUUAAUAUGCUGCUUGUUCCACCAAUGAAUGAUCCUCGUAUAUUAACAGAUUCAUAUGCUAGAGAAACAAUUAAUGAAGUCCGUCCUGGAGGUAUACCAACAGUAUCUGACCUUGAUCUUUCAGAAGUUUGUAAAACAUUAUAUUUAGAUUCUAAAAAUACAAAUUAAGUUAUUAUUAUUUUUACUUAUUCAUUUUGUUACGAAUGAUAAUCGAUGAAAUUCUUUGACUUUUCAAAUAAACAUAAAAAAAUGUAUCAG